AAAGCGUGAACUGAAUAGGUUCCUCGUUGGUUGUGUCGAAGAUCUAUAGCAAAAAUGGCAGUUGAAACAGUUUUAAGUCUUGACAACCCAGUGUUUACAUCAUUCCUGUUUUAUUCAACAUUAGUGAUACUAAAGAUGAUGUCUAUGAGUCUUUAUACCGCAUUCCACAGACUGACUAAAAAGGUAUUUGCGAAUGAAGAAGAUUGUCGGUCUGCCGCUAAACCGGGUAAAAAACUUCAACCCGUGCUCAAUCAUGCAGAUGUGGAAAGAGUGAGACGAUGCCACUUGAAUGAUUUAGAGAAUAUCACUGCCUUUGUUUUGAUUGGUUUGUUGUACACUUUAACUGGACCAGAUGUACAGAUGGCCUUACUACAUUUUAGAAUAUUUGCCGGUUGUAGAAUCGCCCAUACCUUCUUCUAUCUCUUCGCCAUACCCCAGCCAACACGCGCUUUGGCCUUUAUGGGCGGUUUUAUAGUCACCAUUUCCAUGGCUGUGAAUAUUUUCAAAGUAGCCACAUUUUAAAUAGGUGUCUACAAGACACAAUUAUAUGGAAUAAACAUUCUUCAGGAGUGUUUCGACGAGGGUUCUCCCAUUCUGGCGACGUUUGGAGAAGGGUUCGCUCAAGCUUGAUAAAACCCAAUCUGAUUAAAAUACAGAUCUAUAUUUCGUUUCGUUUUUUUUUUAUACUUUCUAUGACCUACACUACCAAGUGUAGUAAAGACAAGUUAAUUUUGAACUAUAAAAACGAAACGAAAUAGGAUCUGUGUUUUAACCAGAUUGUCUAAAACCGAGAGAAACCUCGUGGGAACGUCACCAGAAAUAAACUGGUAUUCCAUGUAAUUGUGGCAUGUGUUGAUUCUAAGGCCAACUCAAUUGUCAAGGUCGCUGAGAUGUGAUUUUUAGUGAGAUUGUAGGUUAGGGUUGGGGUAAGCAUUAAGGCUAGGCUUAGGAUUAGGAUUAGCGGUAGUCCUGUUUACAUCUCGUGACCUUUGGCCAAACUUGAAGUUGGCCUUAUCAAAUAGAGGUAACCUUAAUUGACAAGUCUUCAUUCAAUGGAAUAAGUCGGUCUUAGCUAAAAUUCCCGUUUAAUUUAUCUUUAUAUUAGGAAUACGUCAUUAUAUCCAAUAAAUACUGCCUCAGAUAUAGCUAUUAAUAAACCUUUUAAAAAAUCGUUAAAGGCUCAAUACCACUCUUGUUGUAACUGAAUAAUAUGUCCCAAUCUUUAUUCUGGUAAACAAAUUGUACAAUUUUACAAUAUUUUACAAUAAAAAAAUUGGAACAAUUAAACUUAAUGAUUUGAAAAGCCUAACGUAAACCUUUUCAGAUGUGACUUGGAUUUAAAAAUAUUUUCGAACCCUCUGGACAAGUAAAAUAGGAUUUAAUGGAUAAUUUACACAACAGGUAGGACACUAACACAUCUAAUACUUAGAAUAAGGCUAUUAUUUAUUUACUGGAGCUGUCAAGCCAGCAAGAGUGUUAUUGUCCCUUUAAGUAACAGUUAUUUUGUAUGUUUUAUUUUUUGUAUUAAAAAAACUACAGAAAGAAUAAAAAUAGGCUAUUAAUAAACCUUAAAAAAAUCGUUAUGUAACAGUUAUUUUGUAUCUUUUAUAUUUUUGUAUUAAAAAAAACUACAGAAAGAAUAAAAA